UUCGUUAUCUCCAUUACUUUUUGUUAUUGUUAUGGAGGCACUAAGCAGGAUGAUCUCGGCUUUAGUGACUAAUGGUUUUAUUUGUGGUUUUCAGAUUGGAUCGCUGAGUAGGGGUAUCACUACCAUUUCACAUUUGCUAUUUGCAGAUGAUACGCUUAUUAUGUGCGAAAUCGAUCCAGAUCAGUUGAGGGCUGUGAAGGCAUUGCUGCUUUGUUUUGAAGCAGUGUCUGGUCUAAAAGUGAAUUAUGACAAAUCUGAGUUGGUGCCUAUUGGAGAAGUUCAUAAUUUGAGGGAGUUGGCUGGCAUAUUGGGUCGUAAGAUAGCGUCUCUCCCUAUGAGCUAUUUGGGAUUACCACUGGGUAUAGCCCCGAGGGCGCGCUCUAUUUGGGAUACUGUGAUUGAAAAAGUAGAGAGGAGACUGGCAGGUUGGAAGAGAAUGUAUUUGUCAAAAGGGGGCUGGACUACAUUAAUUAAAAGUACCCUUUCUAAUCUACCCACUUACUUCUUAUCCUUAUUCCCUAUACCGGCAAGUGUGGCAGGUCGUCUUGAGAAGCUACAAAGAGAUUUUCUGUGGGGGGGCUUAGGUGAAGAGUUUAAAUUCCAUCUAGUUAAGUGGGAGAUGGUGUGCUGUCCUAUCUCCAAUGGCGGUUCGGGUAUCAGAAAUGUGAGGGUGUUCAAUCGGUCAUUACUUGGCCAAUGGUUGUGGCGAUAUAUCAAGGAACCAGAAGCCUUAUGGAAGACUGUGAUUGAGAACAAAUAUGGUGGUUUAGGGGGGGUUGGUGUACUAGAGAAGUUAGAGGGGCCUCUGGAAUGAGGGCUAUGGAAACACAUUAGAAGAGGAUGGGUGGUUUUCCAUCAACACACAAGAUUGCAAUUGGGUACAGGUUCCAAGAUCAGAUUUCGGAAGGAUGUUUGGUGUACCACUAGUACUCUACAAGACUUGUUUCCUACACUGUUUUUGAUUGCAAAUGCUAAAGAUGCCAUGGUGGCGGAGGUAAUGGAAGUCGUAGGAAGGAACAUCCGUUGGAAUAUCAACUUCAAUUGGGCAGCACAGGAUUGGGAGAUGGGGAGUUUUGUAGAUUUUUAUAGUCUUUUGUAUUCUUGUCGCCCAAAUACCCAGCAUGCAGAUGAUCUGUGGUGGAGGCCAACAGGGAAAGGGGUGUUCACUGUUCGCUCUUUUUACAAGCGUCUUUGGGAAAGAUUCUUACUACGGAUAAUCUGAGGAAAAGAAGCAUAAUCAUAGUAGACUGGUGUUGUAUGUAUAAAAGAGGGGGUGAAUCAGUGAAUCAUUUACUUUUACAUUGUGAGAUAGCUAGGACUAUUUGGGAUGAGGUGCUCAGCAGAAUGGAUUUAGCGUGGGUUAUGCUGAAAACUAUGUUGGAUGUUUUGGCUUGCUGGACCUUGAUUCGAGGUGUGCAACAGAUCAAAGUGGUUUGGAAGAUGAUUCCUAUAUGUAUUAUGUGGUGCUUGUGGUAGGAGCGCAAUGAGAGGAUUUUUGAAGACAGAGAGAUCUAUGGUGGAGCUAAAAAUGUUAUUUUUUAGGACCCUUUGUACUUGAGCCAUUGCUGUGGACUUUAAUGGCAUGGACUUUCAUGAGUUUUUAGUU